GUUCUUACCUACUGGCCCUCCACCCCUCACACACGAACAGAGAGAAGCACAGAAACCAUGUUCCCUCUCCGUGUACCACUGUUGGCUGUAAUGGUCAGCAUGGCCCUGUGCCAGUAUUAUGACUAUGAUUACCAGCCUGUUUCAAUGCUAGGGCCCUCUGGCCCCAACUGUAAUCAAGAGUGUGAGUGCCCAAUUAAUUUCCCCAGCGCCAUGUAUUGUGACAGCCGCAAGCUCAAGUUUGUUCCCAUAGUUCCAACAGGGAUCAAGUACCUGUACCUCCAGAACAACCUGAUUGAGGAGAUCAAGGCAGGAGUGUUUGAUAAUGUUACUGAUACUCUCCGCUGGCUGGUACUUGACAACAACCAGCUCACCAAUGCAAAGGUAGCAAAAGGUACAAUCGACAAGCUCACCGCCCUGGAGAAACUAUUCUUCAGCUUCAACAAUCUUACAGAGCCUGUCAUCCCUCCCUCAAAGUCCCUUGAUGAGCUGAAGAUGAUGAACAACAAGCUGACCAAGUUCCCCUCUGGUCUCUUGUCUGACAAGGAGAAUUUGACGUACAUUAACAUUCAGCACAAUGAUCUAACCUCUGAAAGCAUCUCAGGGGCAUUCAAAGGGCCGAAGAAGCUGAUUUCCCUGGACGUGAGCCACAACAAGCUGAAGAAACUGCCAGUUGGAGUCCCCAGUACACUGGAGAUCCUCUAUGCUGACUACAACGAAAUUGAUGGUGUUGGAGCAGGAUACCUGAGCAAGCUGCCAGUACUGCAGUCCCUGAGGAUCUCCCACAACAAGCUAGUGGAUGGUGGAAUUCCAGCUGGAGUGUUCAAUGUGACAUCGCUGGUGGAGCUUGACCUGUCUUUCAACAAGCUGCAGUCCAUCCCUGAGAUCAACGAGCAACUGGAGAAUCUCUACCUCCAGGCCAAUGAGAUCAACAAGUUUGAUCUGGGAAGUUUCUGCAAGUUCAUUGGACCCGUCAACUUUUCCCGUCUGAAGCAUCUGCGUCUGGAUGCCAACAACAUCACACAUAGCAGCAUGCCUCAUGACUCCUCCAACUGCCUGCGUCAAGCUUCGGAUAUCAUGUUUGAAUAAGGACCUCUUUCCAUUACUCCAAUUUUACAACCACAGCUCAGCCCCAAG